AUGCCCAGCACCACCCCCAGAGACACUCAACACCCCAGGGACCUCAACACCCCCAGAGACACCCAACCCCCAGAGACACUCAACACCCCCAGGACACUCCAGCACCCCAGGAUACCCAACACCCCCAGGACCUCAACACCCCUCAGAGGACACCCAACACCCCAGAGACCACUCAACACCCCAAGGACACUCAGCACCCCAGAGUUAUCAGCACCCCAGAGGACACUCAGCACCCUCCAGGACACCCAACACCCCAAGGACACUCAGCACCCCCAGGACACUCCAGCACCCCCCAGGACACUCAACACCCCCAGGACCUCGACACCCCCAGGACACUCAGCACCCUCAGGACGCAACACCCCCCCAGGACACUCAGCACCCCAGGGGACACUCAACACCCCCCAGGACACCCAACACCCCCAGGACACUCAAGCACCCCCAGGGGACACUCGCACCCCCCCAGGGGACACUCAGCACCCCUCCAGAGACACCCAAGCACCCCAGGACACUCAAGCACCCCCAGGACACUCCAAGCACCCCCAGAGACGCUCCAACACCCCAGAGACACUCAACACCCCCAGAGACACCCAACACCCCCAGAGACACUCAACACCCCCAGAGACACUCAACACCCCCAGAGAACCCAACACCAACUCCAACACACCCAGAGAUUAA